GCGCCUGUUAAGGACACUUGUAUCCUUUUUCAACAAUGAGCAAACACAUACUGAAGUACAAACAUAAAUACAAAAAAAAUUUCAGGAAAUUAAAAAAAAAGAAAUGUUUUGACGUCAGAGAGCUGGAUUUAGCUGUUUAUUAAAAUUUCCACAAUGAAAUUGACUUUGCGUCGCUAUUCGUUAUUGCUGUGUCUACAAUUUACGCUUUUAUUAGCUGAUUUGUUUUUCAAUACUUUUGCCCAUAUAUUUCUACGUGAAAAGCUCCAGUUCACAAUAUUGAUGUUUGUCACUCAAGAUGUUUUUAUAAUCUGUGAAUAUGUGUUUUUCACCUUUGCUGUGCAUUCAACCUGUGUUUACGAGGUCGGAGGUGCCUCUGUAAUUUUGCGUAAUUGCAAAUUCUUUUUACUCACAAUUCUAACCUACUUCCUACUUUCGGCUUCGCAACAUUUCUGGAUAGUUUACAAUACGAUGUGGGCGCCAACUGCUGAUUGGUCAAGUACUCUUACCGCCUUAGCAUUUGUACAGCGCCUUGUAUCCUUCGUUUAUUACUAUACUUGUAAACAUACCGCUUUAGUUGUAUCAGAUCCCAGAUAUUACGAGGAAAAUAUUGACUGGAUUGCCGAACAAUUAAGUGAUAAGUAAAGCAAAUUGAUUACGUAAAAUGUAAUAAUUGACAUUUAUUUAAAAUGUACCGUUAAAAUGCUCAAUAUUAAAGUUGUAUAAAGAAAUACUUUAAUUUGAGUAUUCAAGAAACACAAAUAGGAAAACAAA